CGGUUCCCGAAAGCCGAAUCGUCUGCUACAAAGCGUUGAUGGUUGGUCAAUGGUUGACUCUUUGAAUAAUUAACUUUAGUUCGGUCAGUUGAACGACAAACGCCGAUCAAAGUGGACACGAGUUGUAACUAAAGCAGCGGAGGAACAAUGAAGAUAAGAGCUAUCGUACUCGGCAUUUUGUUGAAUUAUAUUGUUGGUAGUCAUCAGAUAUCCUCUCCAAACGAUGAUCACUACUGGGCAGGGGUAGUGGAGUUCAGUUUCAAGGAACGGACGAUAGGCAAUGAGUCAGCUUUGGUCAGCACGCCGAGGAAUUUGGCCAAAUAUAAAGAUAUCAUCAACUCUCCUGAAGCCGAUCCGUUGGAUAUUGUUGUGUUCCCGGAGUAUGGGUUGAGUCAAGUGGAGACAGCCUCAUUUGUACCGAACCCUAGCGAUCUCAUUACACCCUGUAACAAUCUUGAAUACGAGCAAGUCGUGCGAGAUCUGUCGUGUUUGGCACGGGCUCGUCAGAAGUACUUGGUUGUGAACCUGGUGGAGAAAGCUUUCUGUCCAGAGAACAGCGAUUGGCGUCCUUGUGCUCCCAAUGGCCUUUAUCAUUUCAACACCAACGUGGUGUUCGACCGACAUGGACGGGUGAUCGCACGUUACCGCAAGUACAACCUUUUCGGAGAACCUGGCAUUAACAUUACCUCCUGGUCAGAUGCGGUCACUUUCGAAACGGAUUUCGGUGUCCGGUUUGGCACCUUCAUAUGCUUUGACCUGAUGUUCGAGCGACCUGCACUGCAGCUCGUAAAGCAAGGAGUUACCGAUUUUAUCUUUACAACGAUGUGGUUCUCGGAGUUACCAUUCUUGACCGCUGCGCAGAUACAGCAGGCAUGGGCCUAUACGCACAACGUCAAUUUUAUAGCUUCUGGUUCGAGCUAUCCGGAAAUAGGCAGCACUGGCACGGGAGUGUUCGCCGGAAAGCGAGGCCGGAUCAUUACAGUUAUGAACCACGAUGCAGAGUCCAAGCUGUACGUUGCUCAGGUGCCAAAGAUUGAUCGCCCACAGGCUACGAUUAAUCGUCAGCCGGUCAUCAAGUAUACGCCCAGUGAGAUGUCAAAUCUUAAACUGAAGCGAGAUCACAUCGAUGGCUAUCUGAUGUCCACGCUGCCGAUGAACGCGAGCUUCCAUGAAGCGCUGUUAUGUCAGGAGACGGUGUGUUGUAAUUUCACGUUGAAAUACACAGUAACGGUACCAAGUGUGCCUAAUCAGGCCUUCUACAGCUACGUUCUUGCCGUGAGCGACAUCAAGCGGACGUUCGAUGGCUUCGCGGACGGAAUGAUCACAGCCUGUGCUAUAUUCGCCUGUACCGACGCCGCAGACCGCAAGACCUGUGGUACGCGAUUCACCGAUCGGACGACAACUGUGGUCGACGCCGUACGUUUCGACUCCAUCGAAAUCGUAGGUGAAUUCCCGGAUGGAGAAAACGUUUUCCACUUGCCGAACAGCGUGGAUACCAGUAUUCUUCCGCUGGAGGUCGACGAGAUCGAGUACAGCGAAACAUCUUUCGACGAGGGAGACACACCACGGAAGCGAAUCGAGUACAAACUGGUCAAGCCUCGAUCAGAUCUCCUAACGUUCGCCAUUUGGGGACGGCAGUUCUUGGAUAUAGCUAGCAGCGCUCCUGCUACGGUUGCGAACAUCCUGUUAGUACUGCUUGUUGCACUGUUUGCAGCUUGGUAACCAUCUGAGAGUCAUCGCAUGCGGGCAUCAAGUGGUAUAUAUAAUUUAUAUCGAAGGAUAUUAAAGAGAAUUUUAUCGUUGCAGAGUAAGCUCACAUGAAGAACUGUAGAUUCAUGUUUCAGCUACUUGAUCAUCGAAGAAAUAUACACAUCACUGAGACAGAA